AUGAUCAUUAGUGUUUCACGGCCCGUAGCGGCAGUUGUAGAGAUGCUCCAGUCCCUCCACUCGCUGCAGCAGGAGAACCAGCGUCUCCAGGACCAGAUUCUCAGCCUGACGGCCAAGAAGGAGCGGCUGCAGCUGCUCAACGUGGAGCUGGCCUGUCCCUUCCCCCCGCAGGUCCACCACUCCCACCACUUCGCCCAGGGCCUAGUGCCCACCACCACCCACAUCAGCUUCCUCUCCUCCGCACACGACCCCCUCAGCACCAAUAAGAGUCACCUGUCUAAAAGCUGCUUCCUGAAUGACACCUCCUUCAUCAUCUCAUCCGAGGAGCUCCACUCUGGUAGUCCCUCCCACAGUAGCUCCUCCCUCUCCUUCCAGAGCACUCCGCCCCCACAGCAGAGUCCUGCCUCCUUCGGCCAGCCCUUGCUGAACGGGCGGGGUUUGACUGACAGCCUGGGGGGCCUCAGUCAGGCCAGCAGUUCCAUGGUGGGCGGGCUCAUGGCCUCCCUAGCAGGAAGUCCCCAGCUGAACAUGAACGGCGUGCUGGGCAGCCUGAACGGGGUGAUCCAGUCACCUGUCCAAAACGGCCCCCAGCCCACCCUGCCGGCCCUGCGGCCCCAGCCUCCUCCUUUGGGCCCCCAGGCCCUGGCACAGGGCCUGCAGCUCCCCAAGAGCAUGAGUCCGUGA